AUGACCUCCUCAGUAAAUCUCAAUCGCCUCCUGGCACGUCUAGAGCAUAACCUCCUCGCCCCCGAUGCGGACUCCAACCUCCAACACUCCCAAUACGAACGCAACCGCAUCGGCGCGAACAUCGAGCACGCUCGCGCCAUGCUCCUGACGUCAGAGAAACAAUCUGCGACGAUACGGACGCAGAGCCAAAGGGAGCACAUGCAGACGGAUCUUCAAGAGAAGAGGGAGUUGAUCAAGAAGUUGAACACGCGGUUACGAGAGCUCAACACAGCUGGGGAUGAGAACGACGAUGAGGAGGAUGAGGAUGAAGAGGACGUCCUGAACACAUACGCGCCCGCGAGGAACGACACCGAAGCCGGCCUCGAGACGGGAGAAACGCAAGCACCGCGGAUCGACGAGUCGCAACAGCAGGAACUCCGCUCGCGAAAACCGAAUCUCCAAGCGACAGACAACCGAACCGCCGCCUCGACCUCCGCGCGCGAACAGCUCUUUUCUGGCCGAUCGCAGGAGAAAGAACAACCAGAUCCGAACCUCUCCCAAACGGAAACGCUCAUGUCGCACAACCGCACCGAGCAAGAAGCCCUCACGACGGGGUUGCUGGGUCUCGCGCAGGCGCUGAAGGAGAGUUCGCUGCAGUUUUCGUCGUCGUUGGAGGCGGAGAAGGAUGUGAGGAAUAAGGCGGAGAGUGGGCUGGAUAAGGCUGGGCAGGGGAUGGAUGCGGCGGGGAAGAAGAUGUCGACCCUGAGGAGAAUGAGUGAGGGGCAGGGGAUGUUGGGAAGAUUGAAGUUGUAUGGGAUGAUUUUUGGGCUGUGGGUGGCGUGUUUUUUGGUCGUGUUUGUUGGGCCGAAGAUUCGGUUUUGA